AUGGAGAUGGCGGAAGGCGGCAAUGUGAUCCAUCAUUGCAACGAAGUCCUCAACAUCAGCGCGAAGCUCAGCAGCAUCGGCGCCAAGAUGGAGGACGAGGACGUGGCGAUCUGCUUGUUGCGCAGCCUCCCCAAGAGCUACGAGAACGUCGUUCUCAACUUGGAGAUGAGCAGCGCGGAACUGCGAUCGCGAGACGUCGUGAGAGUGCUCACGAAUGAGCACAUCAAGAGGCAAGGUGACAAGACGACAUCUGUGAAGACUAAAGACGCAACGAAGGCGUUCAGUACCGAGCGUGAACCUCGCCAAUGUACAUACUGCGGAAAAUUGGGGCACACGGCGGAGCGGUGCUGGACCAAGCAGAAGGACGAAAAUCAAGGUGGAGCUCGACGCGGCGGCAACAAUGCUCGUGGACGCGGAGCCAACAACGUUCAGUGGCGAACCAACAGCAACUACGACGACAACUACGAUCGAGUUGCGUUCGCGGUUUCGCUGGAGGCUGGACUUUCGACGGGCAAGAAUAUGCCAGGGAUGUGGGCAGUCGACAGCGGUGCGACGCAUCACAUCUGCAACGACAAGGCCAAGUUUGCAAGUCUGAAUGAGCGAGAGGAAGGCGAACUAUCAGUGGCUGAUGGCAGCAAGGCUGCGAUCAAGGGUGUGGGAACCAUCAUGGAACGGGUGGUUCUGCCCAAUGGUGACGAACGCGACAUCGAGAUCAAGGACGCACUGUUCGUACCAAGUAUGAGCAAGAAUCUGCUUUCGGUGCCACAGAUCAACAAGGGUGGCAGGUUCCAAGUCGUGUUCGAUGGAUCCAAGAUGCAAGUGAAGCGCAAGAAAUCCACACAAGUCGUGGCAACAGCGGAUCUCGUCGAUGGACUUUACUGGCUGCGGACUCCUCAACGAUCGGCAAAUGCAGCAACACGCAAUGGGACUAUCGACUUGCAUGCGCGCAUGGGUCAUGCACCCCUCGAAGUUCUGCGCAAGAUGGUGGCCACUGGCAUGAUCAAGGACGCCAAGGCACCUCUCAACUCGACUAGUCCAAGUCUGUGUCGCGGUUGCCAGCAAGGAAAAAUGGUCCAAAACCCAUUCCCAAGCAAUCGUGACAAACGCCAAUAUGGUGUGUUCGAGUUGCUGCACUUCGACAUCUGCGGGCCAAUGGAACAAGUCUCGAUCGGCGGCAGCAGAUACUUACUGCUUGUGGUUGACGAAGCUAGCGGUUGCAUGAAGGGCUUCUGUCUGCGGUCCAAGUCUGAGAGUGAAGACUGUAUCAAGAACCACAUCAUCAAGAUUAAAACUCAGUUCGGCACGAAGAUCAAGUUUGUUCGGCACGAUGGAGCGCAUGAGUUUGCGACCAACUCCAUCAAGACCUUCUACGAAGAUCAUGGUAUCGAACAACAGAUCACGGUGCCGUAUGCACACCAGACCAACGGCACCGCAGAACGCGCGAUAUGGACCAUCGUCACGAUUGGACGCAGCUUGUUGCAUCAUGCAAAGCUGGAGAAGUGUUUCUGGGCUGAAGCGGCAAUGACGGCGAUCUACAUCAAGAACCGCCUGCCUUCACCCAAGAUCGACCACAAGACUCCGUUCGAAAUCGUGUACAAGUCGAAACCAAGUGUCAAGCACAUGCGCGUGUUUGGAUGUCGGGCGUUUAUCCUGACACCAAGGGAGAAGCGAUUGAAGUGGGACCCGAAGGCUCGUGAAGGGAUGUUCAUGGGCUACGAAGAAGCGUCAAAAGCUUAUCGAGUGUACGACAUUGAGGCGGACCAAGUGGUGAUCAGUCGUGACAUCACCUUCGACGAAUCGACUUUUGAUUUUUCGAUGGACCGACCAAGUGACGAUGAUGAAGAUGCGGAGUUGGACCUCGACCUCCUGGCGAUCAACGAGGACGACGUGCGUCAAACCGUCUACAAGCAGACUGGCAAGCGCAAGAGUGAAGCAAGACCCGGCAUGUCACGUUCAGCUCGCCCUCGAACUGGGUUGGAACAAGCAAGUGCGCCGGCACACGUCUCCAACCGUCACCAGAAACGACGAUCAAGUGCUCCAGAAACGAUGUCUGAUGACGAAGAAGAUGCAAGCGUCUACGAUCAAGAUGACGACUCGACGCCUCCAACAUUUUGGCGUGAAAGUGCAACGCAGUGGAAGCAACGGACCUAG